GCUCCGCCUGCCUCCGGCGCCCGGCUCUCCGGCCGCUCUCCCCCCGCCCUCGCUCCCCUCCGUCCCGCCCCGUCCAGCCCCGGCCGCCCGGCGCCCGCAGGCCCCCCCGCCGCCCGCGUUCCUAUGGACAGACGCACAGACACCUGCAGGAAAGACACUGCUGAUCCUAGAACAUGGAGGAUUGUCUUCAUACCUCAUCUGAGAAUCUGUCCAAGUUGGUCAGCUGGGCCCACAGCCAUGGGACCAUUUGCAGCCUCAUUCCAAACCUGAAACACUUGCUUUCAGAAGGUUCCCAUGGGAACCUGACAGCAAUGUGGGGCUGUAGUGCUGGCCAUGCUUAUCACUGGCCACUCACAGCUACUUGCAGAGCUGGGUCCCAAGAGAGAGUCUGUUUCCAGGAUAACAGAAGUUUCAACUCCGAUAGUCCCAGUAUAAUCGGGGUGCCUUCUGAGACACAGACUAGCCCUGUUGAAAGGUACCCUGGGAGACCAGUGAAAGCAAAGCUAGACUGUAACCGGACCAGAGACUCUUGCGAUUUCUCCUAUUGCAGUGAGCCCUCUGAACUGGAUGAAGCUGUUGAAGAAUAUGAAGAUGAGAACACCCUGUUUGACAUGGUUUGUGAGUCUUCUGUUACAGAUGAGGAUAGUGACUUUGAACCCCAAAACCAAAGGCCUCAAAGCAUUAGUCGCAAAAGGCCUGGAAUAGUCCCGUCUUCCCUCCAUUCAAGCUCCCAGGUACAGAUGGUAGAUGAAUGCAGCAAUGAUGUCAUUAUCAAGAAAAUCAAACAAGAGAUUCCUGAAGAUUAUUACAUUGUGGCAAAUGCUGAGCUUACAGGAGGGGUUGAUGGACCAGCCCUGUCAUUGACGCAGAUGGCAAAACCCAAGCCUCAGACUCAUGCUGGUCCCUCCUGUGUAGGGUCUGCUAAGCUGAUUCCCCAUGUAACAUCUGCCAUCAGCACGGAGCUAGACCCACACGGUAUGUCUGCAUCCCCCUCUGUGAUCUCCAGACCAAUCGUCCAGAAGACUGCUAGGGUAUCUCUGGCUUCACCAAACAGAGGACCCCCUGGUGCCCAUGGCCAGCAGGUGGCCAUGCAGAUGCCUGUGAGCACAUCCCACCCUAACAAACAGAUCAGUAUCCCUUUGUCUGCCCUUCAGCUGCCUGGACAGGAUGAGCAUGUUGCUUCUGAAGAGUUCCUGUCCCAUCUGCCCAGCCAGGUCUCCUCCUGUGAGGUAGCCCUUUCUCCCUCAGUUAACACAGAGCCAGAAGUGAGCUCCAGUCAGCAGCAGGCCCCAGUUGCUCCAACCAUAACCACUGAGGCCACAGCACAGUGCAUACCAGACCAGGAUGAAAGAGCAGCUGAGCUCAGCAGGGAGCAGAACGAGAAAACCAUCCGGAGCACGCAGACCGCGCUCCGCAAUUUCCCUUAUUCUACUAAGCUCAACAAAUUUCCUGUAUUUAAUAUUAAUGAUGACUUGAAUGAUCUGUGUACCAGUGCAGUAAGCCCAAAUACUACCAAAGCCACGCGGUACGCCCUGAAUGUGUGGCGAUAUUGGUGCAUGACCAACGGGCUCAAAGAUCACACGGACAUCACCAAGAUCCCUGCAGUGAAGUUGAACGAGCUGCUCGAGAACUUUUACGUCACCGUUAAGAAGAGUGACGGCUCAGACUUCCUGGCCACCUCACUGCAUGCCAUUCGCCGAGGCCUGGACCGCAUCCUGAAGAAUGCAGGUGUGGGCUUUUCCAUCACCAGCAGCACCUUCAGCUCUUCCACCAAGAAACUCAAGGAAAAGCUGUGGGUGCUGAGUAAGGCAGGCAUGUCGGGUGCCCGUUCGCGCAACAUCGUCUACUUCUCCCUUUCUGAUGAGGAGGAGAUGUGGCAGGCAGGGUGUCUGGGGGAUGACAGCCCUAUCACCCUCUUGUCCACCGUGGUCAAGUACAACAGCCAGUACCUGAACAUGCGGACGCUGCAGGAGCAUGCAGAUCUGAUGUAUGGUGACAUCGAGCUGCUCAAAGACCCACAAAACCAGCCCUACUUUGCCCGGACAGACAGCGUCAAGCGGGAGAGUCGGAGUGGUUCCACUCGAGUGUGUCAUGGGAAAAUCUACCAUGAGCAUUCCAGGGGACACAAACAGUGCCCUUACUGCCUCCUCUACAAGUACAUGUACAUCCAUCGGCCACCCACCCAAAUGGAGGCCAAGUCCCCCUUCUACCUUACUGCCAGGAAGGAGGCUGCAGACAUGGGCAGCGUGUGGUAUGAGGAGCAGAGGAUGGGACUGCGGUCUCUUCGGGGAAUUGUCCCAAACUUAGCCAAGAAGGUCAAGCUGGAAAACUGUGAGAACUUUACCUUCGUCUCGUUUACUCAGGUCUCCAGGAGGCUUGGCUCCCACAGCUGCUGCCAGUGAGCCCACCUGGGCGCGGCCCCCUGCCCUGCUCAUCCUCUUAGGCCGGAGCUCCCCCAGGCCACCAGGGCCAGAGUCAGCGGCCCCCAGAGCUCUGAGAGGCAGGGGCUGGGCAAGCAGGACUUCACUGUCAGGGUGGUCUCCAUCAGUGUGGCCCACUAGUCCUUUGACUUGGGGUUUGUUUUUUAAAUGAAAGUAGAUGAGUCUGAAUAAUUCAGAUGUUUUAUCCAAAUGUGUGUCACCUUUGUUAACUUUUAGAAUCUAACACAAUGUAUAAUUGCUACAUACAAGAGUGAGGAAAUUCAUUUUAUCUAGUGCCUUUUUAGCACAGGUUUUCUCAAAAAAGAAAGAAAGAAAAGAAAAAAAAAAGGAAACUGUUUAAGUAGUCACUAAAAAAAAAAAAAUCCCAGUAGCCCAGUAGCUUUAGAAUGUUAUAAAGACUAUACACUUUGUUGAAUCUCACUCACAAUUAAGAACUAGAGAGAGGCAGACGUGUUAACUAUCUCCAGGAGAAAAAUUGCACUUGACAUUGCUUUAUAUUUUGCUGGUGGAUAACUUGGAGCAAGCAGCGUCGCUGGAGGAAGAGCCCAGAGCUACACUCAGUCACCUGACAGGGUUGCUCCUACAGCUCUCUGCAGUGGAAGGAACUCCAUCUCGACUGUCAAUAGAGACAAUUUCAUGAAAAAAAAAUUAAUGCACCAGAAGGGUGUUUGUGAGAACAAGCUUUCCAGCGACUAGGUGGUUUGUAAUGUGGGAGAAUUUCCAGUAGUGAAAGAAAGUGGCUUGGAAAAGCCAUCUGUGAUCAAAAUGUGAAAACCUCCUGAAGCAGAAGUGCCUAUGUUUUAUUUCUCAGCACCACAUGAGAGCUCUUUUCAUUUGAACAUAUUUUUUUUAGUGUUUUUAAUCUGUUCUUCAUGUGAUAGUUCUGUCAGCAUAUAGCACUGGAUCUAUUAAAACAACUAAAGGUAAUUGUCAGGCUUAACCAAGAAAAUCCAACAAAACAAGCUGCAAUGAAAACAAAUCCCAAAAUAACGUUUAUUAAAGAGCUUUGAAAUAUUCUUGUCAAAGCAUGACUUUUUUCAGCCACAAUAGAUAUUAUCAUUUUAGGUUGGCACCAAUGCUUGGGACAUGAUGAUUUAGACAACCUACCAGGUAAGCAAACCCAGCAUUAAGGAUAUAGUUGUAAAGUCAGAACAUAAUAUAGAUUAUUAAUGCAAUUUGAAACCAUUUCACUCAGGUAAAAUUCAACCUGAUCACAUUAUUUAAACAUCAGCAGAAUUUUCUAAUAACUACUAUGAAUGCAACAGUAAAUGAAUAAGCAGCCCAAAGAGUACUAAUUAACGAUAAUAAUAAUUCCUAGGGAUCUUUAUUUUGUAUUUGAGGAAAAACUACUACAACUUUAUACCAUUAUGUUCCUGUGUAUGCUUUCUAAUCCCAAAUUAAAAUUCCAAUGCAAAUUCAUUUUGCAGGAGUCUUAAAAUCAGUCCUAUUUCUUUUUCAAAACAUUAUUUUAGUAUUUAAUUGUUUUUAAGAACAUUCACUAGUCAUUGAAAUAUGUAAUACUUCCUUUACCAGAGAAGACUCAACCAAUGCUGCCUUAACGUGUAAUGUUGUUCCCUUUUGAGUUACUGUGCAUUGAUAAUUUUAUUUACUAGUUGACCUUUCCUGAGUAGAGAUUAAUUUUGAUAUAUCUUCAUCUGUAUAUAAAUAACAGGUAAUAUUUAAUAAUCAUUGUUAUGACUUGAUAUUGUAUACUGUUCUGUUGUGGUUUCCUGUAGUGAUUUUAGGGUUUUGAUGAAAAAGAAAUAGACAAAACAUUAGAUACAGUUUCCUUUAGUUUGCUGAACACCCAAAGGAUAUUUUUGUUUGUUGAAAGCAGAUGGUCAUUUUCUUGUCAGUUCUGCACUAAAACUGAAAUAUAACCUAUGUGAACUAUUGGGCAGAACCUGCAGCCUAAUUAAAUAAACCUCCACUUUUAUUUUAGAUUCAAGAAUAAAUUGCCAUUAGUAAUCUUUUCAGAUUUUAACAUUUCCAAUUCUAGCAAUAACUGAUCCAGAGUUUGUUCUAUUGAUAGUGGCUUUUCAUAAGCUGAAUAGCCAUCUCCGCUUCAGAUUUGUUGCCUAUCACCUAUUUGAUGUACUAUAAAUCACCAGAGUUCUGAAGUGAAUGAUUAUAAUAAAAAAUCAGGAGAGGACAUCUUCAGUGAUACCUGAUGGGAUGAAAGAAUUGUAUCUCAGCAUCCUAAAUGCCAUUCAUUACAUGCCUCCUUGGGAAUGGGAACAAGAAGGAAAACACUUCCAUCAAAUGUUGCCAUGUGCCACACAUUGUACUAGGUAGUUUCUCUAGUAUGUAUUUGUAUAUAUGUGUGUGUGCACAUUCACACACUUUAAAUUUAUACGUGUUAAAGCCUGGUGAAUUGCUAAAAUGGCAAAGCGCCUGUCCAUGUGCAUGGCCAAGGCCGUCCCUCGAGGAUCCUAAGGGGGGCCAGAGUAGGCAGUUCUCGCUGGUGUUCUCGCUGGCUUCCAGUCUGCUCUAAACCUUACCUGCUGGGGGCUCCAUGAUCUUCUUCUGCUCUUGGCCUAAGCUGGAGCAAGCAGAAUCCCAAGAGAAGGGAGAGGGGCGAUUAAGAGCAUUUUCUCCACUUGCCUUUGGGUUUUUUAUGCUCUAAAGCGAGAAUGAAUUUCAAGAAUUCUCACGUUCACCUAGGCACCAGUUGCCUGCAGCACCUUCUGCUCUAACGUGAGCCCUGCUUUCUUGAUACUGACUCCCCGGAGUCUAGCAGGUCUCCUGUUGGAAGUUUACUCUGGCAGAGAUGAUAGGUGUCAAAUUGAAUUAAAUAUAAAAGGUUUAGCACAGUACGAGGCACAUCAUAAGCAUGUGAGAAAUGUUACCUAUCUUAGUUAUAACUUUUGAUAAUAAUUAAUCUGCAUUAUGUCACUUAUUUCUUCCAUUAUGGAGAUUUUUCUCUCCCUUAAAAUGUUAAACUUGAAGAGGAAACCAAACCUAAUCAUCUGGUCAAGUUAACAUAUUUUCACCCGUGAAUUCUACCUCCAACACAAGCCCUGAUACCUCAGAUAUAAGCAAAAACAAGUUAAGGAAGAACAGAAAAGGCUUGAGAAGCUUUAUGAGAAAGUUUUUCCAUUGUUUAGUGUGUUUGCAAAAAGGAAUAUUAUGGAAGUACCUAACCAAAGCUGUGGAAAAAAAAAUAGUUUCCUUGGUCAUGUGGCAUUUUUCCAAUUUUCCUUGGAUUUUUUUGCUGCAUUAGUCUGCCCUGACUGAUAAAUAGUAUUUGAAGAAAUGUGAAAUUCUGUUACUUUGAUUUUUAUUUUAAUUCAACCUUAUUAAAAGCAUCAAGCACUAUAUAGCAUUCACUCUCCUACAUGUUCACAGUCAUUAGGAGAAUCUGGACAAAAUAAUAACUCAUGUAAAAACUGAAGCCUCUUGCUGUAAUGGAAAGAUUCCUAGACUAGGAGCUACUUCACUCCUCACUUGGGCUAAUGCUGGUGUCACUUUCCUCAGCCAUACAGUGGGAUCAAUGGAAUGGAUCAUCUCCAAGGUGAACAAUGUCACGCUUCUGCAGUUUUUCAAGGUCAUAUAAUUAGGAGGUGGCAAAGCUAGGAUGCAAAAUUCCUAAUUCCUGAAAAUCAGAUAGUUAAUCUCCUAAUGUAGUGCUUCUCACAACAUGGGGAUGACUUCUACAGGAAUAAGAUUUUUCUUUCUUUUUUUUUUUAACAGAGAAAAUUCAUAUUGAUUUCAGUUUUCCCAAGACAAGAUGCCAUUCUUUUUUUUUUUU